AUGGUCGGCAUCCAGCGCCACCCAGACGGCCCAACACGCAUCGCGAUCCUCGGCGCAGGCUACGCGGGCGCGACGGCCGCCAUCGCGCUGCAGCGCCUCGGGGCCAACCUCGACAUAUCAGUGUUUGACGGCGCGAGCGCCCUGCGCGAGGUCGGCGCCAGCAUCGGGCUACAGGCGUGCGCGCUGCGCGCCCUCGACAAGCUCGGGCUAGGCGACGAGGUCGAGGAGAUAGCCUACCGCCACGGCGCGCAGCCGCUGACCCACCGACACUGGAAGACGGGCGAGGUGCAGCAUACGCCGCUGCCUGAUCCACUGCCGGAGGAGCGCCACCAGAUGGCGCGCUUCGCGAGGGCACACUUGCACCAGCUCCUCCUGGCCCAUGUCGACGCGCCGGUGCAGGUCGGCAAGCGCGCGACGCAGGUCACCGUCGAGGAGGGCGGCGUGAGGGUCCUCUUUGCGGACGGCACGGCGUGGGAGGGCGAUGCGGUGAUCGGCGCCGACGGGAUCCACUCGGCCACCCGCAAGGCCUUCUACCCCGACUUCAAGAUCGACCCAGGCAACGGCGUGACCCUGCGCGGGAUAUUCGACGCGUCGUUGCUCGAGGGCACCGAGGGGGUCGACCUGCCCAAGGAGUCGUGCCACUGGCUGGGACCCGACCGGGCCUUCUUCACGAGCCCGCUGAAACGCGGGCUCUACGCGCACGUCGCGUUCCUCCCCAACCAUCUCAUCCCGACCGUCACGCGCGAGUGGGACGCCAAGACCGAGAUCGACUACGCCGCGCUCUACGCGCACUGGUACCCGCCCAUCGCGGCGCUCACGCGCGUCGCGCCAGAGGUGCGCGUGUUCCCAGACUACAACGGGCCCGCGCUGCCGUCGCUUGUCGUCGGCGGCGGGCGCGGCGUGCUCCUCGGCGACGCGGGGCACUGCCACGGCGGCGCGUUCGCCGCCGGCGGCACGCUCGCCAUCGAGGACGCGUACACGCUCGGACUGGCAGUCAAGGCUGCGCUUGACCGCGCGCGUGCUGCUGGGCGCGCGGCGUUGCAGGCCGAGGACCUCGCGUUCGCGUUCGACCUGUUUGAUAAGGCCCGCCUCGCACACGUGAACCGCCUGCUCAAGGCCGCUAGCGAGCUCCGCAAGGCCAAGAAGCACACCGAGGGCCAGAUCCUCACCGAGGAGGAUAUCGAGGCGUACGUCCAUCGCCAUGUGGACAUCACCUGGGUCAGCGAUAACGACGCCGACGCCGUCUUCGCCAAGGUGCUGGCGGAAGCUGAGGCAGAGGCCUCGGAACGCGCGGGCUUCGGCGCUAUCGCCAAGCGGCAUACGGCGGCGAGCGAGGAGCUGCUCGACCUCCGAGGGUCCGAGCUCAUCCCCCCACGCCGGCCGCCGGCCGACAAGGACAAGUGCCCGCCGUGCUUCAACUGCCUGCUGCCUGCCUUCAACUGCGGCCAGUUUGGCGAAUGUAACCAGUACGACGGGCAGUGUCGCUGUCCUCCCGGCUUUGGUGGCCAGGACUGCCUGACCCCGCUGUGUGGAUCACUCAAGGACGGAGACGCGCGCUUCCCUCGGCCCGAUGGCAAGCUGUGUGACUGCAGCGACGGGUGGGGAGGCAUCAACUGUAAUGUGUGCAAGGACGACUCGGCGUGCAAGGGCUUCAAACUCCGUAACCCCAUCGACGGCACUUUCGACGAGCCCGAAGGCGGUGACGACGACGACCCGUCGCAGCAGAUGGUGUGCUACAAGGGCGGCCUGACUGUCGACCGCUCGUUCCAGAUGUGUGACGUGACGAACCGCAAGAUUAUCGACACGAUCCCGGACCAGAAGAAGCCGCAGGUGACGUUCAGCUGUAUCGCCGCCGAGCCCGAGACGAACGUGUCUUCCCCAGCGGUCAACUUUGGCGGGCUCGGCAGUGACUUUGGCAUGUCGACGCUCGAGGACAAGGCGUCGAUGGGCACCUGCGGCUUCCAGUUCUGGGUGGACCGCAUCGAGUCGUUCUACUGCAAGCUCGAGCAGUGCCAGUGGUUUGCCGAGGAGACGCCGGGUGCCAACGAGACGCACUUCAACUGCGAGAAGAUCGAGUGUGCGUGUAUCCCCGGCCGCUUCCUGUGCGGCGAGAACGGCAGUGUCAACAUUGACGACUUCCUCAACGAGGAGGUCAAGGGCCCCGGCUCGUUCAACUGCGUCUCGGGCCAGGGCUGCACGUUCGAGGAGCCGGCCAUGAACCAGCUCAUCAACGACAUUUUCGGCGACAAGGCCAUCACGCUCGACUGUGACUCGGGAGAGUGCCUCCACUACAGCCAGGUGCCGGGCUACUCGCCCCCCGCGCAGGCUGACAACUCGUUCCUCGUUGCGUUGAGCGCGGCGCUCGCCCUGGCGAUCUUUGCCGCUGCUUGUUUACGUGGGUUUGGGAUAUCGAGCAUGGCUGACCGCGCAGUGUUGUGGUACCUCGGCCGCACGCGCCGCAACCCGCCGGGUUUCGCUGGUGUCAAGCUCCCCGAGGACGAGGCCGCCAAGCUCAUGGCUGACCACGUCCCUGCUACCCUCCACUUCUCCAACAUCUCCUACACGCUGCCCAAGGGCCGUCAGGUGCUGUCCCAUGUGACCGGCACUGUGCGCCCAGGCGAGAUCUUGGCCAUCAUGGGCGCGUCGGGUGCCGGCAAGUCGACGCUGCUUGAUAUCCUCGCGCGCAAGGACAAGCGUGGAAAGGUCGAAGGCGUCACGUAUGUCAACGGCCGCCAGAUCGACAACGCGGUGUUCAGACGCGUCUCGGGCUUUGUGGACCAGGAGGACACGCUACUUCCCACGCUUACCGUCUACGAGACAAUCCUCUACUCCGCCCUCCUCCGCCUUCCCCGUGACAUGAGCUACGAGGCAAAGGUGUACCGCACGCUCGAGACGAUGAACGAGCUGGGUAUCUUGGGCAUCAAGGACUCGCGCAUCGGCGAGAGCGGCAAGCGGUCCAUCUCGGGCGGUGAGAAGCGCCGUGUGUCUAUCGCUUGUGAGCUGGUCACUGGGCCAUCGAUCCUGUUCCUCGACGAGCCGACCUCGGGCCUGGACAGCUACAACGCGUACAACGUCAUCGACAGCCUCAAGACGCUUGCCAAGCAGUACCGCCGCACGGUCAUCUUCACCAUCCACCAGCCCCAGUCGAAUAUUGUCGCGCUGUUCGACCGCCUGCUCGUGCUCGCCAGAGGCCAGCUGGUCUACUCUGGCGAGGCGAUCAAGGCCCAGGAGCACUUUGAGGGCGUCGGAUACGUCUGCCCGCCGGGCUACAACAUUGCGGACUACCUCAUUGACGUGACUGUCGAGGCUGCGGGCGACAGCCGCAGAGGGAACGGCAACGGCAGAAACGGCAGCGGCACUGACGCUCCGGGACACUCGAGAAUCGACGUUGAGGGCGAUGCCGAGUCUGGCUUCGCUGGCCGCUCCCGAACUCCGGUGGACACUGGUGGUACUUCGACGCCUCUCCCAACCGCCAUCCAGCACAAGGCGGCGCGCCUGCUCGGCUUCUCGACGCCCGGAGCCAGCGGGGUCUCCACCCCCGGUGUCGCGCUCGACUCGGAAGGCGUGCCCCAGGUGCCUGAAGCGCUAGCCGCUCUCGUGGUUGCCAACCGCGCCGGCGACGCGACCAAGAUUGUCGAGGCGGAGAUCACCCGUAUCCAGUCGGGUGAGACGGCGGACGGCGAGGAGCGCAACGUCGAGGACGAGUUUACGGAGCUGCACAUCAAGGGCUACAAGAAGGCAUCGUUCGGCACGCAGUUCAUCCUGCUCUCGGGACGCGCGUUCAAGAACCUCUACCGCAACCCCCUGCUCAUGGGCACGCACUACAUCGUCGCGGUCGUCGUGGCGCUCCUGUGCGGCUUCUUCUUCUACCAUGUGACCAACGACAUUCCCGGUUUCCAGAACCGUCUGGGCCUGUUCCUCUUCAUCCUCUCGCUCUUUGGCUUCUCCACCCUCUCAUCCCUGGGUAUCUUUGCAAACGAGCGCAUGCUGUUCAUGCGUGAGCGCGCCAACGGGUACUACUCGCCUGCGGCCUACUUCCUCUCCAAGGUGCUGUUUGACAUCAUUCCGCUGCGUGUCAUCCCGCCGUUUGUGCUCGGCUCGAUCGUGUACGGCCUCGCGGGCCUCAACCCGGAUGUCGCGAGCUUCUGGAAGUUUAUCCUCAUCCUGGUGCUGUUCAACCUGUCUGCUGCGGCGAUCGUGCUCUUCCUGUCCGUCGCGAUCGCCGACUCGGGCGUCGCAAACCUGCUGGGCUCGCUCGUGAUGCUUUACAACCUGCUGUUCGCCGGCCUGCUCAUGAACUAUGACCGCGUGCCCCACGGCCUCAAGUGGAUGCAGACGCUGUCGUUCUUCCACGCGGCGUACGAGGCGCUGCUGGUCAACGAGCUGCGGUACCUGCAGCUCAUUGAGCACAAGUUUGGGCUCGACAUCCAGGUGCCGAGUGCUACAAUCCUGUCAUCGUUUGGCUUCCAUGCCCAGGCGUUUUGGUUCCCGGACACGACGCUGCUGGUGGUCGUCUUUGGCGUCUUCAUCAUCGCAUCGUACGUUGUGCUCGAGGUGUUUGUCAAGGAGCGGCGUUAGGUGUUAGGCAAGGACAGUGAGCUCCGGCAUGUCUGCAUACGAUACCUAGCGGGUGUACGAAGUAGAUGGUCGCGAGGGAGUGGAGGAGGUGGCUGUCGAGACGGAUGUCGAAUGCAGCAGUAAUUCUAGUAGACCAA